UAAAGCAGUCGGUCUGGCAAGCCCCGGGCGACAGUCUUUGCUGGGAGCCCAGGCAGCAUGGGCCUCGCUCUCCUGUGGGCGCUCCUGCCCCUGGUCGCCGUGGCCUGGGGCCAGUAUGGCGACUACGGCUACCCAUACCAGCAGUACCAUGACUACAGCGACGACGGCUGGGUGAACCUGAACCGGCAGGGCUUCAGCUACCAGUGUCCCCACGGCCAGGUGGUGGUGGCCGUGAGGAGCAUCUUCAACAAGAAGGAGGGUUCCGACAGGCAGUGGAACUACGCCUGCAUGCCCACAGCCCAGAGCCUCGGGGAGCCCACGGAGUGCUGGUGGGAGGACAUCAACAGGGCCGGCAUGGAAUGGUACCAGACGUGCUCCAACAAUGGGCUGGUGGCCGGGUUCCAGAGCCGCUACUUCGAGUCCGUGCUGGAUCGGGAGUGGCAGUUCUACUGCUGCCGCUACAGCAAGCGGUGCCCCUACUCCUGCUGGCUGACCACAGAGUAUCCAGGCCACUACGGGGAGGAGAUAGACAUGGUCUCCUACAAUUACGAUUACUACAUGCGAGGAGCCACAACCACCUUCUCCGCAGUGGAAAGGGACCGCCAGUGGAAGUUCAUCAUGUGCCGUAUGACGGAGUACGACUGCGAAUUUGCCAAUGUCUAGAGCUGCCUGGCACCAGGGCCGGGUGAAGCACCAGGGCCGGGAUGGAGGGCACCCCGCUCAUCAGCGUCCUCGGAGACCCCACAGCUGUUUCUGCUGCUCUUUCUUUUUACCUAGGCGGCUGCAGCAAUGCCAGCUUCCUGGGCCUUUCCAACUACUCUCGCACUCGUAAUAAGCCCACAGACACUACUCUCUCCUGACACAGGCCAUCGCACCCGCGUCUGGGGCUGAGGACGCACCCUGCAUGCACUCGCGCAGCCGUGCUCGCCGCAGGGCUUCUCCAGCACCCCCGCGGCCUCGCUUCUGCUCUCACUACAGAAUGAGUGCAGCUCAGCGUCUCGGAGGCGCGGGGAGGUGCAGCGAGGAGUCCCUGCAGCCCCGUGUGUCUGGGUCACACCCAGGACCUCGCCGAGAGCUCCCUCCACGUGAGCCAGGCGUGCCUAGCCGUCCCAUGCAGAGCUCUGCGCCCAGGGUGAGGGGCUGGGAGGUGAAGUGGGAAGGUGGGGCCAUUGGGCAGAACUGAAAGACUUAGGGUUGGAGGGCACCCCGACUCAGAGGAGGAAAUUUAGCGCACCCUGUAACAGAGACGGCAGGUCUGGCGGGUCCCGUGGGAUUGCCCCAGCCAGUGACAGCCAGGGAGAAGAGGGAUGCCAGAGAGCCGGACUUGGAAGACCAGAGCAGCCAGGCCACAGGUGCUCAGAGCACACCCGGGACCCGAGCAGGCUGGCACGUACCCGGAGGCCCGGGGAGCCUGGCACACACCUGGGCUGUCCUGAUUCCCACGUGGUCUGACAGGUCGUCCUGGGGCCCACUGUCACCUGUGUGGCUCAGGAGUGUCCUCUGCAGAGGCGACGCUCUCCUCUCCUCCUGUGAUGUCUCUGUCCCCACCCUUUGUACUCGCCUCAUCACCAAAGAAAUAAAGCCACGAACGUUCACUAA